GUGGAAAAGUAAUUUAUAUUAUAUGGUGAUAAACCUUUUCGUCUUUUUGGGACCUCCGAUCUCAUUUGUGUCCUUUUUCUCCCUGUUCGAAGAGACAACCAGACAGAAUCUAAGGAGUUGAGCAAGAAAGCAAACGAAGAGAACAUCUCGGAGAUUUUGCAUAAUACGACGCCGUUCGUUCACUCUCUCACCCCCGAUCUUAUACCUCAGCUGUCGUUUCAGUCCAUUUUCUCAACGAAAGUCGCCGGAUCCGCUCUUGUUUUGACAGAUCGGAGAGAAUCCUCGCCCUUCUGGCGAUCUGAAAUUCAAAAUCAACGCAACGUGCGGUGGAGAUGUCGCAGAGCACGAUCAGGAAGGCGAUCGGAGCCGUUAAAGACCAGACGAGCAUAGGAAUAGCGAAGGUGGCGAGCAACAUCGCGCCGGAGCUGGAGGUGGCGAUCGUGAAGGUGACCAGCCACGACGAGGACCCGGCGGAUGAGAAGCACGUGCGGACGAUCCUCAACCUCACGUCCUACUCGCGCAGUUACAUCCACGCGUGCGUGUCGGCCGUGUCCAGGCGCCUGGGCAAGACGCGCGACUGGAUCGUGGCCCUUAAGUGCCUCACGCUCAUCCACCGCGUCCUCAACGAGGGUGACCCAGUGUUCCAGGAGGAGAUCCUCUACGCCACGCGCCGCGGCACCAGGCUUCUCAACAUGUCCGAUUUCAGAGACGAAGCGCACUCCAGCUCCUGGGACCACUCGGCCUUUGUCAAAACCUAUGCGAUGUACUUGGAUCAACGGCUAGAAUUGAUUCUCUACGAUAGGAAGAGCGCUGGUGGUGGAGAUGAGAGAUUCGGCGGCGGUAGAGACAAUUUUCGGUCACCGCCUCAGAAUUCGAGGCCGUAUGAGUACGAGAGUACCAGCGCUAAUGGGGCUUAUGGGAACUACGGGGCGAUGACCACGACGAGACGGUCCCGUUCGUUCGGGGACGUGAAUGAGGCGACGGAUACGAAGAGGGGCCCGGUCACGGUGACCCCAUUGAGGGACAUGAAACCGGAGAGGAUAUUCGGGAAGAUGGGCCAUUUGCAGAGACUUCUCGACCGGUUCUUGUCGUGCCGGCCGACCGGUCUGGCCAAGAAUAGCCGGAUGAUCUUGAUUGCUCUCUACCCAGUGGUGAAGGAGAGCUUCCAGUUGUACGCUGAUAUCUGCGAGGUUCUGGCGGUGUUGCUGGAUAAGUUCUUCGACAUGGAGUACCCGGAUUGCGUGAAGACCUUUGAUGCCUAUGCAAGUGCGGCUAAGCAGAUUGAUGAGCUCAUUGCGCUCUUCAACUGGUGUAAGGACACGGGUGUGGCAAGGUCGUCAGAGUACCCGAACGUGCAGAGGAUUACGGGGAAGCUGUUGGAGACUUUGGAGGAGUUCGUGAGGGACAGAGCAAAGACACCCAAGAGUCCUGAGAGAAAAGAGGUGGAGGCGGUUCAAGCCACGGAGGAAAUCGAACCGAGUAUGAAUGAGAUAAAGGCAUUGCCUCCACCGGAGAAUUAUACUCCGCCGCCUCUUCCGGAGCCGGUGCCGGUGGCUAAGCCUCAGCAACAGUUUACUGAGGACCUGGUGAAUUUGAGGGAUGAUGCGGUUAGUGCGGAUGACCAAGGGAACAGGCUGGCCUUGGCUUUGUUUGCUGGUCAACCGGCGAGCAAUGGAAAUGGGUCGUGGGAAGCAUUCCCAUCAAAUGGACAAACGGAGGUGACCUCGGCUUGGCAGACUCCGGCUGCUGAACCCGGCAAGGCCGAUUGGGAAUUGGCAUUGGUUGAGACGGUGAGCAAUUUGUCAAGGCAGAAAGCGGCAUUGGGUGGUGGGUUUGAUCCUUUGUUGUUGAAUGGCAUGUAUGAUCAGGGAAUUGUGAGGCAGCAUGUGAGUACUGCCCAUUUGAGUGGAGGAAGUGCCAGCAGUGUGGCAUUGCCCGGGCCAGGGAAGAGUGCCACACCUGUUUUGGCUCUCCCGGCACCAGAUGGAACGGUCCAGACAUUUAAUCAGGACCCAUUUGCCGCAUCAUUAACCGUUCCACCCCCAUCGUACGUGCAAAUGGCUGAUAUGGAGAAAAAACAACAGUUUCUUGUGAAUGAGCAACAUGUAUGGCAGCAGUACGCGAGGGAAGGGAUGCAAGGUCAAACUAGUUUGGCCAAGAUCAGCGGAACUGGAUACCAUGCUGCAGGUCCCAUGGCCAUGAUGCCUUAUGGAAUGCCGCCCGUCAAAGGAAUGACAGCUCCGACCGGGUAUUACUACACACCCUAUUGAUUUUGCCUUUUUCCCCAAAUAGCUAUAAAUGAUUUCAUUGUUAAUUUCCAUUUUCAUUUUCUAGUGUUUUACCUUUUUUGGGUCAAUUUGUAUGACCUUAUUCUUGCUAUCUGUUGUGCAUGAGAAUGGUGGGAAGAGGCGCGGGGGAUGAAUUGAAAUGAUAAGGGGUAGUAGGGGAAUCUGAUGCAGCCGAUGUGUAAACUAGUCAUGAUGUCUCUUUGCAUUCUGUAAUAUAAAGAUUUUUGUCUGAAUCUUUA